AUGAUGAUUGUCAUAAAUUUAAUUCUCGUAAUAGCUCUAUCCUCGUGCGAGGAUAGUGGUAUCGAUUUACUCCCAGGUGGCAAACUGUCUGAUCUCCAGUAUGCAGACGACAUUGUGCUACUAAGUCAAGAUCCAGGUUGCAAGUUGCAAGCUUUUCUGAAUAGUUUGAGUACUAGUGUAGCCAUGUUCGGUAUGCGUUUGGCACCUUCGAAGUGCAAAAUGUUGUUACAAGAUUGGUUUGGUCCAGCCCCCAACCUCACUCUGACUGGGGAAGACAGUGAAAGUUUGAAAAAAUCUGCGAGUCAGCAAGCAGCUGAACUUAAGUCUGCUAAUACUCGGUUGCACCGGGCCGCGGAAGAGACGGAACGUUUGAAAGCGGAGCUGGACAAAGUGCGCAGUUCUGCUCGAGAGGGAACUGAUUCGUUAAAACAUACCAUUGAAAAACUGACCACAGAUAAUCGCCGGUUGGAACGCCAAAAAGCAGAACUGCUCAGCGCAUUUAAAAAGCAAAUGAGAUUAAUUGAUGUCUUGCGACGUCAAAAAUACACAGUUCCUCAAUUCGGCACUGGAUUUGUGGGUUCAUCACAUAAGGAUGUGCGUCGUAUGGAUCACUAG